AUGGGCAGAGCAUUGAGUCCACGGUUCUUGGUGGCCAUUUUGGCAUUUCUCCUAGUCGUGUUCUACCUAUGGCCCUCAAACAAAGACACACCACCAGUCAUCAAAAUCACCAAGAGCAGCUUCGAUUGGAGUACUGUUCAACCAUAUCACGACCCAUCUCCCUUGACCAAGCCUCCGUCGGGUGUUCCAAGGCGUCUCCCACGAAUUCAAUAUCCAUUCCCAAAGUCGUCAAAAAGGUUCUCUGACACGGCACAAGCUGCGCGACGAGAUGCUGUCAAGCAGACGUUCCAAAGGAACUGGAAGAGCUAUCGAAAAUUCGCAUGGAUGAAAGAUGAGUUGACACCCCUUACUGCGGGCAGUAAGAAUACCUUUGGAGGCUGGGCUGCCACUCUAGUUGACUCCCUCGACACACUCUGGAUCAUGGACUUGAGAACCGAGUUCUGGGAAGCAGUAGAAGCCGUGGCCAAAAUCGACUGGGCUGUUACCAACGAGACAUCCUGCAAUAUGUUUGAGACCACUAUUCGUCAUCUUGGUGGGCUAUUAGCAGCGUAUGAAUUAAGUGGUGCUGCUGUGCUGUUGGAGAAAGCCGUCGAACUCGGUGAUAUGCUAUAUGCCGGCUUUGACACACCGAAUCGUAUGCCAGCAUUCUGGCUGGACUUUAGAAAGGCAAAAAAUGGCGAUCUACUAGCUGACAGUCAUGUCGCCUCCGCAAGUCCUGGUAGCCUCUCUCUGGAAUUUACAAGGCUAUCUCAAAUCACAGGCGAUCCGAAGUAUUAUGAUGCAACCUCGAGGAUCACUGAACUACUAUAUGGUAGCCAAAAUGCCACCAAGCUUCCUGGAAUGUGGCCCACGUUUUUCAACAUGCGAGAUUCCGACCUCACCGAACACAGCUCUUUCACUCUAGGCGCUCUGGCAGAUUCGCUGUACGAGUACUUACCUAAGAUGUAUGCACUUCUAGGCGGCCUCGACCGAAAGUAUGAAAGCAUGUUUCUUACAGCAGCGGACACCAUCAAGAAGCACAUGCUGUACCGACCGAUGACCCAGACCAAUGAAGAUAUUCUGUUUUCUGGGAACGUCGACGUUGGGUGGGAAGUCACCCUCAAUCCAGAAGGACAACAUCUCGGAUGCUUUACCGGUGGUAUGUUUGCGCUCGCAGGCCGCUUAUUUGAUCGAGAAGAUCAUGUUGAGACUGGAGGGAAGCUCGCUCGAGGUUGUGCGUGGGCUUAUCAAGCUUUCCCAACCGGGAUCAUGCCGGAGAUAUUCAGUAUGGUGCACUGCGAGACAUUGGCGGGUUGUGAAUGGGACGAGAACAGAUGGAGGCGAGAAGUCUCCAAGGACUCUCAAGGGUUUAUCUCGCUGCCCAAGGGAUUCCGCAAUGCCCGAGAUCCUUCCUACAUUCUUCGACCAGAGGCGAUCGAGAGUGUGUUCUUGUUAUAUCGCAUCACAGGGCUGGAGGAAUACCAAAUGGCCGCUUGGGAUAUGUUCAUGGCAAUUGAACAAGCGACACAUACGGAAUAUGGCAAUGCGGCUAUCAGCAGCGUUACCACUACUGGUGUUCCGAUACAGAGAGACUCUAUGGAGAGCUUCUGGCUUGCUGAAACAUUGAAAUACUUCUACUUGAUAUUCUCGCCACCUGACCUGAUCAGCCUUGAUGACUGGGUAUUCAAUACCGAAGCCCACCCUUUGAGGAUCCCAAAACCAUAA